ACCGGCGCCGCUGCACCUCGACUGCUUCAGCUCCAACCGGCCCCCCCGCCGACCGCACUGCUGCCUGCAUCUCGUGUUCUCCCCGCGGCUCGGAUACAUAGUAUGACCAAUAGGUGUUCCAUAUCUCAGUUAUUUUCUAUGGAAAACCAAAGAGAUCAGAUCCGGAUCGCCACUGUUGGCUUUGAAGAAUGGGACGUCUUUAGAGAAGCUUGAUCUUGGGAGGCCUCAUCGUGAGACCUUACAAGUCCGGAUUCCGGCAGAGUUCCUCUAUCUCGUCUUGUUGCUGAUUGAAGGUGCCCUCCACUUCUCCACACGUCUUCAUCCCUGGGAGGUAGCAGGAAGUCAGCAUCAUGGUUGGGUUCAAGGCCACCGAUGUGCCCCCGACCGCCACCGUGAAGUUCCUGGGGGCUGGCACAGCCGCCUGCAUCGCGGAUCUCAUCACCUUCCCGCUGGAUACCGCUAAAGUCCGGCUGCAGAUCCAAGGAGAAAGCCAGGGCCCAGUGCGGGCCAUGGCCAGCACUCAGUACCGUGGCGUGCUGGGCACCAUCCUGACCAUGGUGCGUACGGAGGGCCCCCGCAGCCUCUACAACGGGCUGGUCGCCGGCCUGCAGCGCCAGAUGAGCUUCGCCUCUGUUCGCAUCGGCCUCUACGACUCCGUCAAGCAGUUCUACACCAAGGGCUCUGAGCAUGCCGGCAUCGGUAGCCGCCUCCUGGCAGGCAGCACCACUGGUGCCCUGGCUGUGGCAGUGGCCCAGCCCACGGAUGUGGUAAAGGUCCGGUUCCAAGCUCAGGCCCGGGCUGGAGGUGGCCGGAGAUACCAGAGCACUGUGGAUGCCUACAAGACCAUUGCUCGGGAGGAAGGGUUCCGAGGACUCUGGAAAGGGACCUCACCCAAUGUGGCUCGGAAUGCCAUUGUCAACUGUGCUGAGCUGGUGACCUAUGACCUCAUCAAAGAUUCCCUCCUGAAGGCCAACCUCAUGACAGAUGACCUCCCUUGCCAUUUCAUUUCCGCCUUCGGGGCCGGCUUCUGCACCACCGUCAUUGCCUCCCCCGUCGACGUGGUCAAGACAAGAUAUAUGAACUCUGCCCUGGGCCAGUACAGCAGCGCUGGCAACUGCGCCCUUACCAUGCUCCAGAAGGAGGGGCCCCGGGCCUUCUACAAAGGGUUCAUGCCCUCCUUUCUCCGCCUGGGCUCCUGGAACGUGGUGAUGUUCGUCACCUACGAGCAGCUGAAGCGGGCCCUCAUGGCCGCCUACACUUCCCGGGAGGCUCCCUUUUGAGCCGCUCCUGCUGCUGACCGGACGGACCACCUCUGGUUUGGACGUCAGCCCCAGCCAGGCACUGCUUUCCGUCUCCUUGCCUUCCCUUUGUCCCUCUCCCUUUCCACCUCUCCUCUCUCUCUGCCACCUCUUCCCAUUGCCCCUCCAUCCUGGAGGAGUUGAUCCCAUCCUGGCACCAGCCGGGACGCCAUGCCCCAGUCCCUUGAUAAGAUAGUCCAAGUCUUUGCCCCGCCCCUACCACCCAGCCAGCGUGCCACCCCAUAAAGCAAGCUCAACUUUG